AUGAGCGAUCUAGAUAACCUUUUCCAAAUCAUUCGGAUUGAUGGUCAGUCCCUUCCACGGGUGAUCUAUACAUCCUUUUUCAAACAUUUCGGAUUGAUGAUCAGUCCCUUCCACGGGCGAUCUAUUGAUGAUCAGUCCCUUCCACGGGCGAUCUAUACAUCCUUUUUCAAGUAG